ACCCGCUCAGUUUGAAUCAGACGUCAGAGUUAUUCUGAGUGCUCGAAGCGAGUUUGCAAGUGCGUGAUCUUACGCUGUGUUUAUUACAAGUGUUUAGAUUUUGUAAUUGUGUUAUCCACUAGUUACUCAACAUGCCAGGGAAAAUGCCAGCUAUUGGAAUCGACUUGGGAACGACCUACUCUUGUGUGGGAGUUUGGCAGCAGGGGAAAGUGGAGAUAAUCGCCAACGACCAAGGGAACAGGACGACACCCAGCUACGUCGCCUUCACCGACACCGAGAGGCUCAUCGGGGACGCCGCCAAGAACCAGGUAGCAAUGAACCCACAGAAUACAGUUUUUGAUGCCAAAAGAUUAAUUGGAAGGAAAUUUGAUGAUCCAAAAAUUCAAGCAGACAUGAAACAUUGGCCUUUUAAAGUAAUCAGCGACUGUGGAAAACCAAAAAUUCAAGUAGAAUUUAAGGGAGAAAAUAAGAAAUUUGCUCCUGAAGAAAUCAGCUCAAUGGUAUUAACUAAAAUGAAGGAGACUGCCGAGGCCUAUCUUGGCGGCCCUGUAAAGGAUGCUGUUAUUACCGUCCCCGCAUAUUUCAAUGAUUCACAGAGACAAGCAACCAAAGACGCUGGAGCAAUUGCUGGUCUUAAUGUUCUCAGGAUUAUCAAUGAGCCUACAGCAGCUGCUCUUGCUUAUGGACUUGAUAAAAAUCUCAAAGGUGAAAGGAAUGUUUUAAUUUUUGAUCUUGGAGGCGGAACCUUUGAUGUAUCCAUUUUGACAAUUGAUGAAGGCUCUCUGUUUGAAGUGAAGGCAACUGCUGGUGAUACUCACUUAGGAGGUGAAGAUUUUGACAACCGCCUUGUCAACCACUUGGCAGAUGAGUUCAAGAGGAAGUUCCGCAAAGAUCUGCGGUCUAACCCAAGAGCUCUCCGUAGAUUGAGGACUGCGGCUGAGCGAGCCAAGCGAACCCUCUCAUCUAGCACAGAGGCCAGCAUUGAGAUUGACGCUCUCUACGAGGGAAUUGACUUCUACACCAAAGUCUCCAGGGCCAGGUUUGAAGAACUCUGCUCAGACCUUUUCCGUAACACUCUUCAACCAGUAGAAAAAGCUCUGAAUGAUGCCAAAAUGGACAAAUCUUCUAUUCACGAUGUAGUCCUGGUGGGAGGGUCAACUCGAAUUCCUAAAAUUCAAAGUCUUCUACAGAACUUCUUUUCGGGUAAACAACUCAAUCUGUCCAUCAACCCAGAUGAAGCUGUUGCCUAUGGGGCAGCUGUCCAGGCUGCCAUUUUGUCAGGAGAUCAAAGCUCAGCGAUCCAGGAUGUUCUCCUUGUUGAUGUCACUCCUCUCUCCUUGGGUAUUGAGACAGCAGGAGGUGUUAUGACAAAAAUCAUCGAGAGGAACUCAAGAAUUCCUUGCAAGCAGACACAGACUUUCAGCACCUAUGCCGACAAUCAGCCUGCUGUAACCAUUCAGGUGUUUGAAGGUGAGCGAGCCAUGACCAAAGAUAACAACCUUUUGGGUACCUUUGAUCUGACAGGAAUUCCUCCUGCACCUCGUGGUGUACCAAAAAUCGACGUCACUUUCGAUCUUGAUGCCAAUGGUAUCCUCAAUGUCUCUGCCAAAGAUAACAGUUCCGGAAAAUCCAAGAACAUCACCAUCCAGAACAAUAAAGGCCGACUAUCCAAGGAGGAGAUUGACCGGAUGGUGAACGAGGCAGAGAAGUACAAGGAAGAAGAUGACAAACAGCGGGAGAAGAUUGCUGCGAGGAACCAGCUGGAAGGAUACACCUUCAACGUGAAGCAGGCCUUGGACGAGGCAGGAGAGAAGUUGAGCGAAGAAGAUAAGUCAGCUGCAAGGCGAGAGUGUGAAGAAACUUUGAGGUGGCUCGACAAUAACAGUCUGGCGGAGAAGGAUGAGUACGAACAUCGGCUGCGGGAGCUACAGCAACAGUGUUCUCCUCUAAUGGCCAAACUCCAUGGAGCAGGACAACCCCACUCUCGAGGACAUCAGAGUAAAGAUAGCAAUGGACCAACAAUCGAAGAGGUUGAUUAAAAUUAAAGUCAUAAAUAUUCAUACAAGUUCCUGUUAAAAUUAAUUUAUUAUGAUCUUUGUGUUUAUGUAUUAUAUGUUUCGUUGUAAAUUCUGUAUGUAUUGUAAAUAUUUUAUUUAAUCAAUAAAUGUUAUUACUUAUUGUUUUAUUAA